AUGGCAAGCGAGGCUUCUUCCAGGGUCAAGGUGCCACGGGUCGCCAUUGAGUUCUGCACUCAGUGUAAAUGGAAUCUGAGGGCUGCCUACUUUGCCCAAGAGCUGCUCCAGACAUUCAGUACCAGCAUUGGCGAGAUCGCUCUGAUCCCAGUGACUGGUGGGAUAUUCACUGUCAAGAUGACGCAUGCCACCAGUAGCACAGCGCAGUCGAUUGCUGAAACAGCACCGUCGUCGGACGCGACUGUCCGGGUGACAGAGACGGUGAUAUGGGAUCGCAAGAUUGACGGCGGCUUUCCUGAGACGAAAGAGCUGAAAAACCGAGUGCGCAAUAUCAUCGAGCCCGGCAGAGAUCUUGGCCAUAUUGACCGAAGCUUGAAGAAGGGCAGUACUCAGCCAGCCACACCAGAAGCGUCUAGCAAACCUGAAUCCAGACCUGAUGCUGAAGUCCAAGAUGGGCAAAAGAAUGGCGAAGCUUGCGAGGACUGCAGAUGA